CGUGACAAGAAGUGCGAGGCAACACGUGACACACGAUCUUUUCUGUUGACAAUAUCGAAAUCUUCCAGGUUCCAACUCCCAUUGUGCACCGUCUUGGCCAACACCACCGUGCCCGGCAAUUCGGCUUGGAAAUGGUACAAUAAUGCGCAUUUUGCACAAGAGCUCUUCGAGUGGCAACCUUCGAGCCUUUCACCCUCCGUGAUACCAACACCUGCCGUGUGAGAAGAACAGAGGUAGUCAAAGCAUUCAGCCCCGAAUGGCUUCAGAUCCGCGUCGUGGGAGGGUCGCGUCAGCUUCUCCCGACUCAACAACUCCAGAAACAACGCCGCUAGCUGGAGUAGAUCUUGUUACGUCUACAGAACAAGAGCAGCAGGAUGGGUCAGUGACACCGGCUCCCGAAGAGUCGUCGUACAAGCUCAAGUUCUGCACAGUCUGCGCAUCCAACCAAAACCGGUCUAUGGAAGCACACCUGCAGUUGUCCUCUGUUCCGUACCCGGUCAUAUCGUUUGGUACUGGCUCUUUAGUUCGGCUUCCUGGGCCUUCGAUCACUCAGCCAAACGUGUAUAAUUUUAAUUCGACAUCCUAUGCCCAGAUGUAUGAUGAAUUACACGAGAAAGACCCGCGACUAUAUCGCAAUAAUGGAAUUCUAAAUAUGUUAGAGCGAAACAAAAACCUCAAAUGGGGCCCGGAAAGGUUCCAGGAUUGGGUUCCCGGUCAGCCUCGCGUUGAUCACGUUGCAAAAGGCGAUAAGGGGAGCCUAGGAACCGAAGCAGGGGUGGUGGAUGUCAUCAUUACUUGCGAAGAGCGUUGUUGGGAUGCAGUGGUGGACGAUCUCAUGAACAAAGGAUCGCCGCUGAACCGGCCGGUGCAUGUCUUCAAUGUUGAUAUCCGUGAUAACCACGAGGAGGCCUUGCUUGGAGGCAAGGCUAUCCGUGAUCUGGCCGACAGGCUAAAUAUCGCUGCCGGUGAGGAACGCCUCUUCAAUGGUACAGAGGGAUGGGAUCAGGGUACAGGCGAAGCUCGACAGAGCUUUGAUGAGAGAGUUCCGGAAAUCCUAGCUGAAUGGCAGGAAAAAUACCCCAACCUGCCUGCACUAUGGACUUUGUCAUGGUUCUAAUUUAUGAUUUCCAUUACAUGUCAAAUACCUAUAGAGCACCUAAAAAACAAAUCGCAAACGAGAAAAUAGUUUUGCAGCUGGAAAUAUACUAAAAUCGACAAGCCUCUGUGAGAGGUUGCGCAUAGAAUCACGUGUCAGGCAGCAAGGCUUAAUCUUAUCGGCCACCACCAUAAAGAACUCAAUUUGAACCUUCCCCUAC